UUUGUAAACGGUCUUAUUAAAAUGAAGUUUAUAUUUUUUGUUACUAUAUUAUAUAUGCUCUAUGUGACUGGGGCUAACUUUGCCGAUCGCAUUACGAACGGUGAACUGGCAGUGGCGGGUCAGUUUCCCUACCAGGUGGGCUUAAAUGUGUCCUACGGCAAUACGAGCACCUGGUGCGGAGGAACUUUGAUUGCCCAUCGUUGGGUCCUCACCGCUGCCCAUUGCAUGGAUGGUGCUGUGGGUGCAACUGUCUACUUGGGUGCCAUAAACAUCACAGAUAGCGACGAGCCGGGACAGCAACGCAUCCAGGUGGAGCAGUCACGGAUUAUAGUGCACGCCAAUUGGACCCUGAGCACUGUGGCCAAUGAUAUAUCACUGAUAGAGCUGCCCACUCAUGUUGAGUACAACGAUCGGGUGAGAGCUGCCCACUUGCCAAGGGGAUUGAAUGGCAGCUACUCCGACUAUGAACAUAAGACGGCCUUCGCCUCGGGCUGGGGACGUGAGAGCGAUAGUUCCAUCUCCGUCUCACCGACGCUACGUUAUGUGGCAAUGCCCGUGAUGCCGUACAGUCGGUGCAGGAUGUAUUGGGGCGGUUCCCUAUCCGAGAAGAUGAUCUGCAUGAGCACGACCAGCGGUAAAUCCACCUGCCACGGCGACUCUGGCGGUCCCUUGGUCAACAAAGAGGAUGACGUUGACUAUAUAAUUGGUAUCACAUCAUUUGGCCUAUCGAUGGGCUGUGAAAUUGGUUUUCCAACCAUAUUCACUCGUGUAACCAGCUAUUUGGAUUGGAUCUGGACACACAUUUCGACUUUGGAGUAGAAAAUAAAACUGCUAAUUGUGAUUUUUA